AUGCAUGCCUCCAGCGAACUAAAGAAACUAAGCGAAGAAAGCCUUACCCGGCAACCAGAGGAGGUCUUUGACAUCAUCUGUAAGCUUGGCGAGGGCAGCUAUGGCAGCGUCUACAAGGCGUUGCACAAGGAGUCGGGACAGGUGCUUGCCAUCAAGCAAGUGCCCGUGGACACAGAUCUACAAGAAAUCAUCAAGGAAAUCUCCAUUAUGCAACAGUGUGACAGUCCCUAUGUGGUCAAGUAUUACGGCUCGUACUUUAAAGGGUCUGACUUAUGGAUUGUUAUGGAAUACUGUGGUGGGGGAUCGGUAUCGGACAUCAUGAGGUUACGAAAGAAGACGCUCACCGAGGAUGAAAUAGCGACCAUCCUGUCUGACACACUGCGAGGUUUAGAGUACUUGCACCAGCGGAGGAAGAUUCACCGAGACAUCAAGGCAGGCAAUAUUUUGCUCAACACUGAAGGACAUGCCAAGCUGGCGGACUUUGGCGUUGCUGGCCAGCUCACCGACACCAUGGCCAAGCGCAACACUGUGAUUGGCACGCCGUUCUGGAUGGCACCAGAAGUUAUCCAGGAGAUUGGCUACGACUGCGUGGCUGACAUCUGGAGCCUGGGAAUCACGGCUUUGGAGAUGGCUGAGGGAAAGCCUCCCUAUGGAGACAUUCACCCCAUGAGGGCUAUCUUCAUGAUUCCCACCAAGCCUCCCCCAUCGUUUCGGGAUCCAGACCGGUGGUCACCGGAAUUCAUCGAUUUCGUUUCUCGGUGCUUGGUCAAAAACCCGGAGGAAAGGGCUACAGCAUCAGAUCUCCUUCAGCACAUCUUCAUCAGCAACGCGAAACCCGUGGCAAUCCUGCAGCAGAUGAUUGUUGAGGCCAGAGACAUUCAAGAGGACGAGGCAUUCCGCAAGGACAGGAGAGGCAGCACCGGUGAUGCGUUUCUUGAUGACGACGAGGUAGAUGCUGGCACUAUGGUAAAGCUCGACGCUGAUCCGGGAACAUUGGUUCCCGACAGAGGAGCUGGCGGGGACGCCCCAACGAGCAGCGACCUAGAAUCGGACCUCGGCACGCUGAUCAUCAACAGCGACGGCGAGGAAGACGACUCUACAAUGAAACGGCACGACACAUCAACUGGCGAGCGCAAGGAGAGCUACAGGCCGUACUUUCUGGACCACUUUGACAAGAAGGAGCGGGAACAGCAGGGAGGCAGUGGAGGCAACUCCAAGCAAUCACCCCGACACGACGGCACUCCGCAUCCAAACUAUUUCCCUCAGGAUCUCUCCAAAGCACUGGCAGCCACUGCGCCACAGGUGAGCCAUCUUCAGCGGCAGCUGAACCAGAUGAACUCGCCGUUGCCCGUCAGCGUGGCAUCUCAAGCAGAGUUUCAGCAGCGCGGAUUUAUGGAAGGCGACUUCGACUAUCUCAAGUAUCUCAGCUACGAGGAACUCGGCCAUCGCAUGUCUAGCCUCGACUCCGAGAUGGAACGGGAGAUCGAAGACCUUCGCCGCCGCUACCACGCCAAGCGGCAGCCCAUCUUAGACGCCAUGGACGCGAAAAAGAAGCGACAGCAAAACUUUUAAAACUUGGAGACACUCUUAGAAGUGGACUUUUUGUGCUUGCCUUGGACACUGCCUUGGAAUCAAAGACGAAGUGGUUCGAGCCUUGUCUUUUUUACAAAGUAUCUCAUCGUAGAGACGAGCGUGAAGUGGCAAGCGUGUUUCAAUAAUACUUUGUCCUCAUUGUGAAUUGACUUAACCGGCACGUCGCGAGUACCCCGUACUCAUUUUUUUUUUAUCGCGGAAGUGCUCUCGGAUUCUCACUCAAAGACAUUUUGCUGUUUUGAGUGAAAGAAAUUCAAAACUGAUAAUUAUUCACUCACCUGAGCACUCAAGGCCCUUUUUUACCUGCUAGCAUAAGUUAGCAGGUGGCUUCAGCAAUUAUCUGUUUUCUGUCCAUCGAGUCAUACUCGUAUAAAGUUUUUACUGUCGUUAUCUGGCACUCCUCUCUCACGCUUUACAACUUCAGUGGCAUUUUUUUUUUCACCUUAGAACAUUCUAGUCCAGGUUCCUGAAGGCAUUUCCACAACGGGAAACGGUGCUGCAGUUUUGCAGGUAGCCUGAACAGCACGUCUUGUGUUGCUUUGACCGUGGUAUGCGUGGUCACUUAGUUGAAAUGUAUCUUACUUUGCUGUCUGUGUGCUGACGGAAGCUCUUAUGAUGUGGAAAAAAA